AUGCAAUACAAACACUGGUGGUUGUUCAGAACUAAGAGAUCUUUAUGGGGGGAUUUCUUGAGAGCUAAAUACUGCCAAAGAGCUCAUCCUGUCACAAAAAAGUGGCACACAGGCCAAUCUCUCAUAUGGAAGAACAUGAUGAAGAACAAAGGUGAUAUAGAACCUCAUAUUAAGUGGACCUUAUGUUCAGGAAACUGCAGUUUCUGGUGGGAUGAUUGGCUGGGUAUUGGCCCUCUAGCCAAUCACUAUGAAUAUAUUCCAAGAUUCAACAAUUCCACUGUCUCCAUGUUCUUGAGAAAUGGAAAAUGGAAUGAAGAGAAAAUCAGGCAACAGGCCCCUCAGCAUAUGAUACACACAAUUCUCAAUAUUGAAAUCAUGUACCAACAAAACACAUUAGAUCAAGCUCAAUGGAAGCUGCAGUCACAUGGAAAUUUCACUUGUAAAUCAGCUUGGGAACAUGUGAGGAAGAAAAAAAACAAGACAUUGACUGAUAGGAUGACAUGGCAUACUAACAUCCCUUUCAAGGCUUCAUUCUUACUUUGGAGAGCAUUGAGACACAAACUACCAACCAAUCAUAAACUGAUUUCUUUUGGGAGAAACUGCAGAGUGCUCAUGCUGCUACAGGCCUGGUGUGCAAGUAAAUAUGGAGGAAAGAAAUCUAGUACUACUAGAGUGAAGUUCAAUAUAAUCAAGGAAAUAUACAUGUUGAUUACUACAGCUUUUCCAUAUAUCCCAUCUUGGAAGGAUCUCAUUAUUUGGAUAGAAAACUGUAAGCAUGACAUAAAAGUAACCCAGGUUAAAUGGCUCAAACCCGCCUCUAACAUUGUUAAACUUAACACAGAUGGGAGUGCCAUAGGCAACCCAGAAAAAAUAGGAGCAGGAGGCAUAGUAAGGGAUCAUAAGGGUAAUCUGAUAUAUGCUUUUGCCUCUCCUUUGGGAGUUGGAACCAAUAAUCAAGCUGAAGUGCAGGCAACCAGUUUUGGCAUUAAUUGGUGCCUUCAACAUGGUUAUAAUAGAGUAAUAUUGGAAGUAGAUUAUGAACUUGUGAUCAAGUGGCUGAAUCUGGACAUCAAACCACCCUGGAGCAUUCAAAACUAUGUUAAGGAACUCCAACAACUGGUCCAAAUGCUAGAAUUCUUCCAAUGCAAACAUGUUUUUCGAGAAGCAAAUUUUCCAGCUGAUACAUUAUCUAAGUACUACAGGACUGCAACACAGGAGUCAACAAUUGGACUUCUAUUCUGGUUUAACUCCUUUGUGCAGAUACAACAUAAAGGAGCAGCAAAACGGAGUUGUAGUAGUGAAUUGCAAAACUGCAAUUCCUCCAUGUUGCCUCUAAUGUGA